GAUUGGCUCCAACGAGUCCUGUGAAAGUGCAGCCUCCGAUUGGACAAGAGGGAAGACCAGUAACAUUCUGACACACACACUCCAUGUUAGAUAAAUAAAUGUAGGACAGGUCCCCCCACACCUGAGCAGAGGUGACAGAGCAGGUUACACAUACACACACACACAGAGACAUGAGAACACACAAGCUAUGCAUCGCUCUGCUGGGCCUGCUGCUGCUGGGGUCCUUCAGCGUUCAGGCCGGUGACCCCAAGGAUGACCCCGACAGGGCAACAGAGGCAUCAUCAGCAGAGACACAAGAGGACACCUCAGAGGAGACAGACAAGAAGCCAAAGAAGGAGAAGACAACAAACAUAGAAGAAGAAAAAGACGUUUUGGUUCUACACAUCAACAACUUUGACAGAGCUCUCAGCGAAAAUGAGUUUUUACUGGUUGAGUUUUAUGCUCCCUGGUGUGGCCACUGCAAAGAGUUUGAACCGAUUUACGCCGAGGUCGCAGAGAAACUGAAGGAGGAGGGAGCAGGCAUGCGAUUGGCCAAGGUGGAUGCCAUCGAGGAGAAGGAGCUGGCUGAUGAGUUUGAGGUCGGAAGCUUUCCCACUCUGAAGGUGUUCAUCAACGGGGAGCGCAGGCUGCCAUUGGACUACACCGAAACUUGGCUUUCGGACAGAGAUUCAAACAUGGAAAUGACUAUUGAUGGAUUUGGCGCGCCAGUACGCCUGGACCAGGAUGCUGGCAUUACUGGAAAAUCACAAGGAGGGGGUAAAAGAUCAGUGGAGGGUAUAAUUCAAUGGAUGAAACGUCGCGCCGGUCCCGGUACUUCAAAUCUUGACUCUGUGGACUCUGCGGCCAAGUUCAUCAGCACCCACAAUAUCUCUGUUGUAGGAUUCUUCAGUAGUUUGGAAAGCGAGUCUGCCCAUGUGUUCAAGGAGGUCUCUUUUGAUUUGACUGAUGUUGAGUUUGGAGUUACUGUAAUUCCUGAAGUGUUUCAGAAGUAUGAAGUGAAAUCAGACUCAGUGGUGCUGUUCAAAAAGUUUGAUGAUGGCAGAGAAGACUAUGUGUGGUCAGAAGAAGAUAAAUUAGACAAACACAACUUAAGCUCCUUCAUCAAGGAAAACAGCCUGGAGCUCAUCAUCCCAUUCAACCCCGAGGUAGCAGACAAGAUCUUUGCUUCUCGCAUCCGCCUGCAUAGCCUGCUGUUCAUCAACUCCACAGUGCAGGGUCAGCUGGAGCUGGUGGAGGAGGCCAAGGCUGUUGCCAAGAAGUUUAAGGGCAAGAUGCUGUUUGUUCUGAUUGAUGUGACACAGGCCCUGUCACAUGUGCUAAAUUAUUUUGGAGUGUCAGAAAGCGACGCACCUACUGCAAGGAUCAUCCACAUGGAAACACAGAAGAAGUUCAGUAUUCCCUCUGGAGCUCUAACAGCAGAUUCCCUGUGGCUGCUGUGUCAGGAAGUUGUUGAUGGCAUUGCAAUGCCAUACUAUCGUACUGAAGAAAUCCCAGAGGACUGGGACAAAGAACCAGUCAAAGUCCUGGUGGGCAAGAAUUUUAAAUCCGUGGCUCUGGACCCGGCCAAAAACGUCUUUAUUGAGUUUUAUGCUCCAUGGUGUGGACACUGCAAAGAACUGGCUCCAAUUUGGGACCAGCUGGGAGAGAAAUAUGCUGAUCAUGAAAACAUCAUCAUAGCCAAGAUGGACGCCACAGCCAAUGAAGUGGAGUCGCUUGUCAUUUCAGGAUUUCCAACCAUCAAAUAUUACCCAGCUGAAGGCAAAGAGGUGGUCGACUACACUGGGAACCGAGAUCUGGAGACAUUUAGCAAGUUUCUGGAUAGUGGAGGAGUUUUACCACAGGAAGAAAGUGGCGAUGAUGAUGAUUAUGAUGAUGGUGAGGAGAGCUCAGAUGCUAAAGAAGAAGACAGCACUGGUGAUCAAAGCAAGGAAGUAAACGAGUCUGCAGAAAUUUCUGAAAACAAGACAUCUAAAGACGAACUGUAAUCGUGCUAAACGCAUAUUAAUAUCAAGCUAUCUUCUUCCAGUUUUCUUAGUAAAAGUUAUACAACGUAUGAAUCAUUGUCUCUGUACUGAGAAUUAUAAUGAGUGUUUAAGCUCUCAGUUUGCUACGUGUAAAACUAUUUGAUUCUUAAAAUGAUACAUUUUGAUUUGACAACUUGAGGAUGAAGAAUAAAGAUGUAUUAAGGAAAGAAACAAAAUUAUUUAGUCUUCCUUGACAAAUAAAAGAAGAGCAGAAAAGCUGGUGGUAGCUGGAAAAAUCUUGAGACAGAACAGAAGUUUCAAAGCAUACAAUCAGGGCUGCAAUGGAACUGUUAAAUGAAAACAUUUUCAUAUGAGGAUGGUCUGUUUAAAGUCCAGGCUUAAAUUUAAUUAAAGCCCUGGUAAGAUUUUAGAGUUGAUGUUCACAGACACUGCCAAUCUAAUGUGACUGAGCUGAAGCCAUUCUGCAAUGACGAAUGGACAAAAAAAAAGAUUGUUUCAAUGAAUGCAAAGUUGGUAGAGAGACACCCCUCCCCCUUUCUUUGGUUGAGAUUUUGAAAAAUAUGUGAACAAAUAUGUAAACACAGGGUGACAGGAGGAAAAUGUCCUUUCAGCGACAACAAGAUGAAGGCCAAGUUUUCGGAUUACAGCUCAGAAUCAGAAUGUGAUCAGCUGAAUGAUGAUUCGUCUUUGUGUUCAGUGACACAUCCAUGAGUCACAACGCUGCAAUUUAUUUUACAAGAUUUCAGCAUUCUUUGAGUUCUCUCAGCAUGCCUGACAGCUGAAACUUUACACAAUAAGGGCAAACUAAUUGCUUUUCAUUA